GGUGAGUUGAGCUGAGCUGAUAGGAAGUGUGGCCUGGUAUCUGAAAGGUACAGUUGUGUUGCUAUCCCUGAACAUCAGGACAUCAGUUAGACUCACUGCACUGCAGUAAAUUUUCACAUUUGUGCUGAAAAAAGAAGAUAAAUAUUGGAUUUUUGGGGACUGAGGGAACUUUACAGGAUUAGUUUUCUAGUAUGGGAUGUGGGAAAUCUAAAGGAAAAAAAAGCUCAGUUGAACAAAGGCAGCGCACACCUCAGAAUGACAGAUACACCAGAGACCCAACUCAGCCAGGAUCAAAUGCGAAGAAUUUACCUCUACUGCCCGGACAGACUCUGCAAAGGGCCGAUGACACCACAGACACCAGCAACAAAGAGAUAGUUGCGGUUGCUAAGUUUGCAUAUGAAGCUGUUAACGCAUCUCAGCUGACUUUCAGAAAAGGAGAGAAGUUCCGAAUAUUGGAAAAGAAUAGUGACUGGUGGAAAGCUAAGUCCUUGACAUCUGGCAAAGAAGGCAUUAUUCCUUCCAAUUAUGUGGAGGAAGAAGAAAGCCUAGACACAAAUGAAUGGUUCUUUAAAAACACCAACAGAAAAGAUGCAGAAAGAAUCCUUUUGGCUCCUGCUAAUAAACCUGGAGCCUUCCUAAUUCGAAAGAGUGAGACUACUGAAGGGUGUUUCUCUAUGACUGUGAGGGAUGUGAAUGAUAGCGGUGCAUCGGUGGUGAAGCAUUAUAAGAUUCGUACGUUAGAUGAUGGAGGAUUUUACAUCUCCCCAAGAAUCACCUUCAAAAAAAUGGACGAACUCAUCAAGCACUACCAGAAGCAGCCAGAUGGACUAUGCAGGCGAAUAGGCAAAGCUUGUGUGAAGCCAAAAGGUGAAAUUCAGUGGGAUGAAGAUGCAUGGGAGAUUUCAAAAGAAAGUAUUCGUAUGGUCAAGAGACUUGGAGCUGGGCAGUUUGGAGAAGUCUGGUUAGCGUUGUAUAACAACAAUACCAAGGUGGCAGUGAAGACUCUGAAGCCUGGCACUAUGUCAGUUGAUGCAUUUCUGCAGGAGGCUAACCUGAUGAAAAAUCUUCGUCACGAUCAUCUGGUCCGCCUCUUGGCCGUAAUAACCAAAACAGAACCCAUCUUCAUCAUCACAGAGUUCAUGGCUAAUGGUAGCUUGUUGGAUUUUCUGAAGAGUCCACCAGGCAGAAGGAUACAGCUGCCCAAACAGAUAGACUUCGGUGCUCAGAUUGCAGAAGGCAUGGCCUACAUAGAGAAGAAGAACUACAUUCACAGAGACCUGCGGGCUGCUAACAUUCUAGUGAGUGAGACCCUGCUGUGUAAGGUUGCUGACUUCGGCCUGGCCAGGGUCAUUGAAGAAAAUGAGUACUCAGCCAGUGAAGGUGCCAAAUUCCCCAUUAAGUGGACGGCACCAGAGGCUAUAAACUACGGUUCUUUCACCAUUAAGUCAGAUAUGUGGUCUUUUGGCAUCCUGCUGUAUGAGAUCAUCACUCAUGGGAAAAUCCCCUACACAGGUUUGAACAAUGCUGAAGUGAUGGCGAGGGUUCAGCGGGGCUACCGGAUACCACAGCCUGAACUCUGCCCCAGCAAGCUAUAUGAGAUCAUGACUACAUGCUGGAAAAGUAGCCCAGAGGAACGGCCCACCUUUGACUACAUGCAGAGCAUCCUGGAGGAUUACUUCACUGCUACUGAGGACCAAUAUCAGCAACAGCCAUGAGACUGUGAUAAUGGAACACAGUCAAUGGUGUAGAACAAUGGUUUGUGAAUCAUGUUUGUGAUUUAGAAGGACCAAUAUUGCAAAAAAGUCUGUUUUUUGCAGCUUUGGUCAUUAACCAUUAUCAAUUGUUUGUGGACACCAGAGUGACCGACUAAUUUCAGACAAAGUCCUUGGAGAAUCUAUGGCAGCUCUGUCCAGUGCAAUGCAGUGAUCCACACAGGAAGCCUGAAAACGCCAACAUUUUUGUCCUCGGUCUGAAUAGCUAAUUUAAACUUCAGCAUUUGGCCGGCGUUAAACAGAAUUUCACAUUAGUGCAGGGAUUCCUCAAUUCAGUACCUGUGCUGACUAGUCUUAUUUAACCAGAUUCAGUUUGUAAAGGCAAACAGAUUUACAAAGCAGCUUCACAGAAAACAUUUCAGCCUCCAAAAGGUGGGACCGCUGUUAAACUGUGUACAUGUGUGGUUUAGACCUCUCUAUAGUCUUAAACCUGUAAUUCAAAAGAAAAGGAAUAAUUAAAAGGAGAAGGUUAUUUGGGGAAAUACUGGUUAACCAACCUAUGGACAAG